AUGCCGACAACGAACCCGCUGAAGGACAAGAUCAUCAUACAGGUCAACGACACCCUGCCUACCAAUGUUGCAAGCAAAGCACGAUCAAACUCCAAUGCCAUUCUAGCUAGUCCUCGGAACACCCGAGAUUUACCAUCAGCACAAAGUAGCUCCCGUGCGGCCAGUACUGCGCUCGCACCUGCCGCCAUCAUUACUGGCGGUUUGCUGGGCUGUGUUGCGAGUGCAGCCCUCUUAGCAGGCGUAGGCAUCUGGCAGGACUCCGCCAAUAACGAUUCUGCUAUUCUGGCGGCACGCACAGCCAAGCUCUGUCUCAACAACUUCUCGGACGAGCUGAUCGCGAGCUUGAAAGCAGGCACAUACACAUAUGCUAGUACUGUCCCUGGCGGCGUGGCAUACAUCGAGCGAAUCUUCCGCGAGCUUGCUUUGAUCCGGCAAACACGAGCAUCAGAAGUGGCUACGGUUAUGAGACAAGCACAAGCAGCACUGCAUGAAGCUGCGAAGAAAGGCGCUUCACCAGAUGACAUGCGGCUGGGACUAGUGAGACAGCUCAGCACUCUGUCCUCUUUCGCUGGUACAGCCAUUAGAGAUGUCGUGGAUCGCAACCCCGAGCUCAAGCCGUACAAAGACGGAGCUGUGAAGGCACUGGAAGGCUCGCCAGCUCCGAAAGUACCUACUGUGAAACUCAAUAUCAAAGUCAAGCAGAAGCCGGCCAGCUAA